AGUAAGUUCCCAACUUCCUGGCCCUGCUUUCAACCGUAUUUGACCAAACGUACCUCGUCGAGCAAUGCUGAUUCGAAGAUUGACUACAUCUGUGUAAAGUUCAUGAACUUGUUCGGCCAACUGAUGGAUCUGGCUGAGGACUCGUCGAUAAUUAUGAUGCUGGUUAGCUGCACAAUGGCCGUGGCUUUUAUUCUGAAUAUUCGAGCGGGAAGCACUAUCUUUCGGAAUGUGGUCAAAGCGGUGGAAAACAUGAGACUCAAAUCGAGGCUAGACCGCCAGCCCUCACCCAUUAACAUUGCGAACGAGGUUAUCAAGAGGCAGCUGAAGUUGCCCUUGAGUUGGACAAACUACAAGGAUCUUCCUAUGGCGGUGGUUCUCGAAAACAAUGGAAGUACGGCGAUCCUGCGGAUUUACACUGCUCCCAACUUGUUGCCCCACCUAAGUGGAGCCGAUUUGGGCGGUAGCUACCACUUUGUGGAGGCAAUAUUUAAGUGGGGCAUCCUGCGAUCCGAGCAUUCCAUAGGGCGGGAGAGGUUCUGCCUGGAGAUGCAGGCGCUGCAUCGAUGUCCCCAGAAAAAGGGAACCAGUGAAUAUUUGACAAUAUCAUACCUAUUCGUGCUGACUCCCUUUAAAAACGAACCACUCACGCAGAUCGUCGAUCACCUCAAGUGGAUCCUGCGGCCAGGAUCUUCGAUUGAACUGCCGCCCUUCGAUUUGGGGUCACUGCUUCGUCCUUUCGCCGGAGGUCACUACAUUUACCACGGCACCUACGACAACGGAGAGGUGGUGCUGCCCACCAUCUGGCUGAUCGACUCCCAGAUCACUGGGGUCAACUCCCACCAGAUGGCCCAGUUUGAGGUCCUGCGCCGAAAGGAUGGCAGCAGGAUCUGGAGCAACGUACGAGAGCCACAGCCGCUGGGCAGCCGAACUGUGCUCUUCCAUUACUGAGAACAGGGAAUUUUUUGCCAUAAAUCUACAAACAAUCCCAAUAUAUAA